AUGAUACCACCUGCUGUUAUUCAAAACAAUUCCGAUUCAGAUGAUGAAUCGGACACAGUUAGUGAAAAUACAUUUACUCAACAAAAACUUCCGUUAUUUAAUUCUAAACCACAACCUACAAGAACAGACGAACAAAUGUACAAUAACAACAAUCGUCCACAACGGUAUAAUCGUACUGCACAUAAACAACUACUACUAAGUGAUACCAAAAAAAAUAUUUAUAAUAAUGUCCGAUAUAAAUCGCUGAAAAGAUCACAAUUAGUCCGCCAUGAAUCGUUAAAAAACCGUAAUAGACCACUGUUAUUAGGUUCAUCGGUUUUAUCUCGACAAUCGUCGACUAGUCAACAUCAUCAUUCAAAACCAUCGUGCAAUAAUAAUUUCACAUCUUAUCAUCGAAAUGGUGGUUCCUCGGACCAUAUUCUAAAUCAUAGUUAUUGUGAUAAAGAUGUGUUUGGUACAGAUUCAUCCAUGCCCCGAUCCGAUACAUCUGACUUCUCACAACCACAAUUAUCCGAAAGUGUCAUUAGUAAUUUAGAGUCAGAGUAUGACAAUUAUCAACCACAACAACAGCAAAUGUCAAAUUCACAAAUUUUAAGUGAUGAUGAUAAUCGAUCGUAUUUGUAG